UGAGGUUUCGUUUGGAGAUUUCUUUCAUUUUCGUUUUGAAUUCUUGGAGCGAUGCCGCCUGUAACCGCUCCAACGCUCAACUAUCAUGAAUUGGUCGGUACGUUCUGCAAGCAUGGUUUACUAGCAGUUCAUGCAAUUCCUAACAAGACGAACACUACCCAGACACCCUUCUCGAGUUCCUCGAAGUUGCCAUACACUACGUGCUAUACGUGAGAGAGAUCUAUCCCGCCGAUAUCUUUGAACCACGACGGAAAUAUAAUGUUCCCGUUCGAAUGUCACGGCAUCCCGUUCUGAAUGGGUAUAUACGGGACGUUCUGGCUGGGAUCAAACCGGACCUGCAAAAGGGAGUCGUUUCAAAAGUGUAUCUAGCGAUACAUGAUCCAGCACGGAACGUUGUCGAAAAGUUCACGUUUCAGAUACGGUCCUUGAUGGAGGGCAUUGAGGAGGGUGUAAGGAAACACGCCCAAACCACGAUCAAUACAUCCGAUGUGGAAGCAUACUUGCGCUCGUUUCUGCUCAAGAUUGCCGUUUGCGAUUCAAUGUUGAAUCCCAAUCCUCCAGAUUGCUCGUUUGUAUUAUUGGUAGAACUGGCAGGGGACCAUCCAACUCCGACCAGCGUAUCGACAGGAGCUCCUUGGGUGCCUAGUGAACCCACGGAUGUAGAAGUCACAUCACCCUCCCUUAUCCCUCUGAAAACUAUGGAUGCUGGGUUGCUCAAGAUGCAGCUAUACGUCGAGGAAAGCGAUGCGAAGCAAUCUUCAACGGGAUGAGAGUGGAAUCUGAGUGUUUCCUUCAAACUUGUUUGCGGAAUGCGUGUAGGCUUCCAGAUGGCUUAUUGCCUUGACGGUCAUCAUACGCGCAGAACAGCAAAAGCAUUCUGUUGUCGCUAUUCAGCUGGAAAUCCAUAAGUUCCUCUCCACUCACUCACUCGUGAUUGAUUUCGUCGCAGCCCUCGUGGUAUCUGGUUAAGCUUUUGAGUGUGCAUAGAAGUGUGAAUAUAGUGACUGCCCGAGUAGAGUACUUUUUAGUUGGUUAGGGUGUAAUUCUCUAAUAGAUACCAACUAUGUGGCGGGGAAUGA